AUGGAGCCAGGAGAUCUGUCAGACCCAGAUCUUAAAGCAGCCAUUGCAGCCUCAUUGAGAGACCUUCAUGGUUCUGGUGCCGAUCCAGCUGAUGAACCUCAGCAAAAUUUCGUUGAUCUUACUGCAGAGUCAGAUGAUGAUGAAAUCAUUCCUGUUUUUCCAAAGUCUAAAUCAGUUAUUGGGUCUGAUACAGAUGCUGAUGAGGAUGGAGUUGAGAUUGAAGACGAAGAUGAUGAAGAUCUGAAGAGAGCCAUUGCGUUGUCCCUGCAAGACUCUGAGGAUACUGAAAAGAACCCGCCUAAUCCAUCACACGGUGACAAAGGACAUGGCUCACCCCCAAAGACAGAAAGUUCUGCAGCUGACCACAGACCUUCGCAAUCAUCUGGGCUCCUGGGUCUAAAUCGAAAGCAAAUGGAGGAAGAACGCCUCGCUCGCAUUGCGAAGAGAAAAGCGGAUGAUGUUGGGGACAUUGACCAUCGUCAAGCCAAACAUUCAAAGAACGAAUCGAAUCAGCUGGCACGUCAAAGCAGCAGUGGUUCUGUAGCGACCGAAUAUGCAUCCAAUAUUGGCGUUCCUGAAGCAAGACAUGAGACUGCAGAGUCGAAGCCGCAUUUGUCCAAUCCUUCUCGAACACCGGGUGUACAGUUCCCAAAGGGCGUUGUCAAAAAGACUUACGCGCAGUACUGCCCACGGACAGGCGACGAUAUCGCAAUCGAGGAGGUCUUCCAGAGAAGUGAUCUAGAGCUAGCCAUUCUGAGCUCAUUUAUGUGGGACAUGGAAUGGCUCUUUUCAAAGAUCGAUACGAAACGCACUCGUUUUCUCCUAGUAAUGCAGGCUAAAGAUGAUUUGACGAAACGUCAAUACGAGGCAGAAACCGCAUCGAUGAGCAACCUGAGAUUGUGCUUUCCACCCAUGGAAGGACAGGUGAACUGCAUGCACUCGAAACUGAUGCUACUCUUUCACCCGGGAUACCUACGAAUUGUAGUUCCGACUGCGAAUCUCACACCAUAUGAUUGGGGCGAAAUGGGAGGGAGUGCUUUUCUCAUCGAUCUUCCCCGAAAGGCAGCCACAACUUCUACGGGCUCCAAGACCGCCUUUCAGGAAGACCUGGUUUACUUUCUGAGAGCAAGUACAUUGCACGAGAAUGUCAUUUCCAGGCUCGACGACUACGACUUCAGUCAGACGUCUCAUAUUAUGCUCGCUCACACCAUCGGAGGGUCACACACAGGAAAUGCGUGGAGAAGAACGGGAUAUUGCGGCUUGGGGCGAGCAGUCAAUGCAUUAGGAUUGCAAACCUCCAAGCCGAUCAAUAUCGAUUAUGUUACAUCCUCCGUAGGAUUACUCACCGACGAAUUCCUAAGAUCAGUAUAUCUCGCUUCCCAAGGAGACGACGGUACAACCGACUUCGCCCUCCGAACCUCCAAGACCUUCCCCGCGCGCAACCCCAACGACGCAGCCCAACUCAUCCACAAAAACACCGCUGAAGAAUGGAAAGAUCGCUUCCGAGUCUACUUCCCCUCCCGGACGACCAUCGAGCAAUCACGAGGCGGCCCAAACUGCGCCGGCACAAUCUGUUUCCAGUCGAAAUGGUACGAUAAUCCGAAAUUCCCGCGUCAGGUGCUGCGUGACUGUAAGAGUCGGCGGCCGGGACUUCUGAUGCAUAACAAGAUGCUAUUCGUGAGACCGGAUGAACCGAUACGAUUACCGAAUAACUCGCAGUGUCGAGGGUGGGCGUACGUGGGAAGUGCGAAUCUCUCAGAAAGCGCGUGGGGCCGGCUCGUCCAGGACCGAACAACCAAGCAGCCCAAGCUCAACUGCCGGAAUUGGGAAUGCGGUGUCCUGGUACCCGUCCUCGACACAGCGGAUACCUCAGACAAAGUCUCCAAAGUCUCGGGUAACAACGGUGGCGGGGGAGCAGACGAAUCGGCGGAUAUGCUGGAUGUUUUUAGAGGUCCUGUCCCCGUGCCGAUGACGGUUCCUGGGCGUCGGGAUGGAUUUUGGGAUUUUAUAGCACUGGAGGUGAUUGGCAUGAAGAACGCCGUCUAA